ACUCGGCCCGCCCAGCCAGUCCUCCCAGCUUGCGCCGCGGCCGCGAGAUCCGCGUUUUUCCCAAGAUGGUGGCGCUGGGCUCGGGGUGACUGCAGGAGACGACAGAGCCUGAAUCCGCUUCUCCAGAACCUCGACGCACCGCCCUUCUCUCGCUCGCGCACGCCGUCACCGCGUAGCCUUCCGCCUUCUCAGGCGCCCGCCAUCCUCCGCCGCUGCCGCCGAAUUGCGCUUCACCUCUGCCGACCCGGCGCUCACGGCCGCGGGCGGCGGCGCCUGCCUCGGCUCCUCAUCGGGGCCGCGCUCGGAGCAGCUCACACCUCGCCCCGGCCAGGAGGGCCUCUAGCCCCCCGGCGCGGACAGGCAGCGGCGGAGCGGCGGCGGGCGACGAGCGCGGGGUUUCCUGCGGCCCCUGCGCCCCCUUUCCCGGCCUCGGUCUCCGGAGAAGGAAGCGCGGGUCCCGCAUGAGCGCCGGCGGUGGCGGCAGCGACAGGGAACGAGGCGGUGGCGGGCGGAGGCGGUGGGCAAGGGCGACGACGACCAGUGAGGCGGCCGCUGCUGCGAGGGCCGCAGCACAGGCGCGGGGGCGACGACAGGUUAAAAAUCUGUAAGAGCCUGAUUUUAGAAUUCACCAGCUCCUCAGAAGUUUGGCGAAAUAUGAGUUAUUAAACCUACGCUCAGAUCAAGUUAGCAGCUAGACUGGUGUGACAACCUGUUUUUAAUCAGUGACUCAAAGCUGUGAUCACCCUGAUGUCACCGAAUGGCCACAGCUUGUAAAAGCUCUUCUGUCUGAGAGAUACAAGUUUGGAAGCAAUCUUGGGGUACUUACCCACAAGGCUGGUGGAGACCAGAUCAUCAGGAGAAUCUCAGUCUGACGACAUUGAAGCUAGCCGAAUGAAGCGAGCAGCUGCAAAGCAUCUAAUAGAACGCUACUACCACCAGUUAACUGAGGGCUGUGGAAAUGAGGCCUGCACGAAUGAGUUUUGUGCUUCCUGUCCAACUUUUCUUCGUAUGGAUAACAAUGCAGCAGCUAUUAAAGCCCUCGAGCUUUAUAAGAUUAAUGCAAAACUCUGUGAUCCUCAUCCCUCCAAGAAAGGAGCAAGCUCAGCUUACCUUGAAAACUCUAAAGGUGCCCCUAACAACUGCUCUGACAUAAAAAUGAACAAGAAAGAAGGACAAGGAGCAAGAGAUGAUUUUAAAGAUGUGACUUACCUAACAGAAGAGACGGUAUAUGAAAUUCUUGAAUUAUGUAGAGAGAGAGAGGAUUAUUCCCCUUUAAUUCGUGUUAUUGGAAGAGUGUUUUCUAGUGCUGAAGCAUUGGUACAGAGCUUUCGGAAAGUCAAACAACACACCAAGGAAGAACUGAAAUCUCUUCAAGCAAAGGAUGAAGACAAAGAUGAAGAUGAGAAGGAAAAGGCUGCAUGUUCCGCUGCGGCUAUGGAAGAAGAUUCAGAAGCAUCUUCCUCGAGGAUAAGUGACAGCUCGCAAGGAGACAACAACUUACAAAAAUUAGGCCCUGAAGAUGUGUCUGUGGAUAUUGAGGCCAUUAGGAGGGUCUACACCAGAUUGCUCUCUAAUGAAAAAAUAGAAACUGCCUUUCUCAAUGCACUUGUAUAUUUGUCACCUAAUGUGGAAUGUGACUUGACAUAUCACAAUGUAUACUCCCGAGAUCCUAAUUAUCUGAAUUUAUUCAUCAUUGUAAUGGAGAAUAGAAAUCUCCACAGUCCUGAGUAUCUGGAAAUGGCUUUGCCAUUGUUUUGCAAAGCAAUGAGUAAGCUGCCCCUUGCAGCCCAAGGAAAACUGGUUAGACUGUGGUCUAAGUACAAUGCAGACCAGAUUCGGAGAAUGAUGGAGACGUUUCAGCAGCUUAUCACAUACAAAGUCAUAAGCACUGACUUUAACAAUCGAAAUCUCGUGAAUGAUGAUGAUGCAAUUGUUGCUGCUUCCAAGUGCUUGAAAAUGGUUUACUAUGCAAAUGUAGUGGGAGGGGAAGUGGACACAAAUCACAACGAAGAAGAUGACGAAGAGCCCAUUCCUGAGUCCAGUGAAUUGACACUUCAGGAGCUUUUGGGAGAAGAAAGAAGGAACAAGAAAGGUCCUCGAGUGGACCCACUGGAAACUGAACUUGGUGUUAAAACUCUGGAUUGUCGAAAACCACUUAUCCCUUUUGAAGAGUUUAUUAAUGAACCACUGAAUGAUGUUCUAGAAAUGGAUAAAGAUUAUACUUUUUUCAAAGUAGAAACAGAGAACAAAUUCUCCUUUAUGACAUGUCCCUUUAUAUUGAAUGCUGUCACAAAGAAUUUGGGAUUAUAUUAUGACAAUAGAAUUCGCAUGUACAGUGAACGAAGAAUCACUGUCCUCUACAGCUUAGUUCAAGGACAGCAGUUGAAUCCAUAUUUGAGACUCAAAGUCAGACGUGACCAUAUCAUAGAUGAUGCGCUCGUCCGGCUAGAGAUGAUCGCUAUGGAAAAUCCUGCAGACUUGAAGAAACAAUUGUAUGUGGAAUUUGAAGGAGAACAAGGAGUUGAUGAGGGAGGUGUUUCCAAAGAAUUUUUUCAGCUGGUUGUGGAGGAAAUCUUCAAUCCAGAUAUUGGUAUGUUCACAUAUGAUGAAUCUACAAAAUUGUUUUGGUUUAAUCCAUCCUCUUUUGAAACUGAGGGUCAGUUCACUCUGAUUGGCAUAGUGCUGGGCCUGGCUAUUUACAAUAACUGUAUACUGGAUGUACAUUUUCCCAUGGUUGUCUACAGGAAGCUAAUGGGGAAAAAAGGAACUUUUCGUGACUUGGGAGACUCUCACCCUGUUCUAUAUCAGAGUUUAAAGGAUUUAUUGGAGUAUGAAGGGAAUGUGGAAGACGAUAUGAUGAUCACUUUCCAGAUAUCUCAGACAGAUCUUUUUGGUAAUCCAAUGAUGUAUGAUCUAAAGGAAAAUGGUGAUAAAAUUCCAAUUACAAAUGAAAACAGGAAGGAAUUUGUCAAUCUUUAUUCUGACUACAUUCUCAACAAAUCAGUAGAAAAACAGUUCAAGGCUUUUCGGAGAGGUUUUCACAUGGUGACCAAUGAAUCUCCCUUGAAGUACUUAUUCAGACCAGAGGAAAUUGAAUUGCUCAUAUGUGGAAGCCGGAAUCUAGAUUUUCAAGCACUAGAAGAAACUACAGAAUAUGACGGUGGCUAUACCAGGGACUCUGUUCUGAUUAGGGAGUUCUGGGAAAUCGUUCAUUCAUUUACAGAUGAGCAGAAAAGACUCUUCUUGCAGUUUACAACGGGCACGGACAGGGCACCUGUGGGUGGACUAGGAAAAUUAAAGAUGAUUAUAGCCAAAAAUGGCCCAGACACAGAAAGGUUACCUACAUCUCAUACUUGCUUUAAUGUCCUUUUACUUCCGGAAUACUCAAGCAAAGAAAAACUUAAAGAGAGAUUGUUGAAGGCCAUCACUUAUGCCAAAGGAUUUGGCAUGCUGUAAAAAAAAGAAAGAAAGAAAGAAAGAAAAGAAAAGAAGAAAAAGAAAAAAAAGGGAAAAAAAGAAAAAAGGAAAAAAAGAAACUCAAAAUUUUAGUAAAUAUAACAAGAGGGAUAAAAUUGGUGGUGAUGUUGUCCCAGUACAAAAAGGCUGUAACAUAGUGAACCGCAGUAGUCACCCACGUCUGUGCCUCCCUUCUUUAUUGGGGAUAUGUGGGCUGGAACAGCAGAUUUCAGCUACUUAUAUGAACAAAUCCUUUAUUAUUAUUAUUAUUUUUUGCGUGAAAGUGUUACUUAUUCUUUCACUUGUAUGUACAGAGAGGUUUUCUGAAUAUUUAUUUUAAGGGUUAAAUCACUUUUGCUUGUGUUUAUUACUGCUUGAGGUUGAGCCUUUUUGCGUAUUUAAAAAAAUAUAUACCAACAAACUACUCUCCCAAGGAAAAUAUUGCCACCAUUUGUAGACCAUGUAACUUUCAAGUAUGUGCUAUUUUUGUCCCUGUAUCUAACUCAAAUCAGGAGCUGUAUUUUUUUUUAAACAAUUUGCUUUUGAAACUUGAAGUCUUGAAAACAGUGUGAUGCAAUUGCUGCUGUUCUAGUCCCCAAAGAGUUUUCUGUGCAAAAAUCUUAAAAUCAAUAAAGACGGAAGGGAGAACUUGGAAUGUUUAA